AUGGAUGGUCCAUAUGCCCUACAAGGCAUAGGGGCCUCAAAACCAUCCUUUUCCACAUCCUCUUCAAAGCUCGUGGUCACGCAGUCCCAGGACGGUUGUACGGUCUCAGGGGUGCAGAGCGUUCUCACGACCACCAAGCGAUGCUCAAAGAAGACAUGCAGAACACACCACCACUACAACUACCGCAAGGUGGAGGGCGAGAAGCUUCACCGCUUGCCCCUGGAGGAUGUACAGUAUGUCUUCGUGAACAGCAAGCUGGGUUUUAGCAGCGACUUCCUCGACUAUCACAAUGCUCUGCAAUUCCGCAGUGGCAUUAACCGCAACGCCAUUGAGUUUGCUCAGGCGGAAGUCCUGUGGCAAGAUUCGCAUCAGCACUUCCGCUGCCAUCGCGAGUGCACGGCCGUGCAGCUCUACUACCUCGUCCUACAGGAAGCGAGUGAGAUGUGGGCCUCUUCCCAAAACUCGGUACGCAACAGGCUUCUCUCCAUCAAGAUCGAGGAUCCCCCCCACGCUGACUUCCUGGAGACCUACUCGUCCUGGUUACGCUUCGGGAGUGGCGCCAGGUCAAAGAGGACGGCCACGCAAAAUGGCCAUGCGAAACACCGUCAGAACGACUCGUUCAUGGCGGUGGACCAGCAAGUGGACUUGUCCUGGCCGUAUUGGUGCGUCGAUCGCGUUCAUGCGACAGGCCACUCUUCCUACUGUCCUUGCAGUCCACUCAACCAUCCGCACCUGGGCCGCCGGCUUCGUGACGUCAAUUCAUCGGUCGCCGAACAGACCUUCUCGUGGUUCCGCUGCAAUGCUUCAUCAUUCAACUCCAAGUCACCGGAGACCCGCAUCUUCUAUGUGUUCCUCUACGUGAGGAAGCACAACACGCUCAUCCGGAAAGAUUACAUCCAGUAUUUGACUGCAUUCGGCGCACGAGCCAAGGUAGGUCGCGAAGGCAGCCCGUGUCCUCAAGAAACCCGCGUGCAAGAAAUACGCGUGUCGCCGCCCAUCUUCCUGAGGCACGUCGGCCAAGAAGAGACCCGCGCGAGCUGUUCGUAA